CCUGCUACAGACAUGUUUUAGCUCUAAGGCAGAAUUUUACAAAAAAUCUAAUGUUUUGUUUCAGUUGCCAUCUUGCAUCUUUUUGGCUUCUAAAUUUCAAUGCAAGUCUGGCAGUACAUGUCCUGUCUCUUUGAUGAUUGUGACAGUAGCUGAUAUUUAGCACAUGAAUACAUAUCUGCCCACAUGGAACUACACUUUCCAGCAGGGUGAGAGGCUAUGUAAGAGCAGGACACAGAAUAUGGGGUCAUUAUGAGGUUGUAGGGUGCAGCACAGACUGUGAUCUUCAUGACCUUAAGUUUAUGAGUAUAAUGGGAGGCAAGAUGGAAGGAGAGACUCGAAAAUCUGUGUUGCAACCAACAGAACUCCCAUCUAGUCUUAAAUAUCAACUUGGAGCCUGGAGCAGGAGUCUUCCUGAAGUCUAUGAAGUCUUGACUGGGCCUGCACUGGGAAAAGAAAGGAAGAGAAUUUGAAAACUCAUAAAAACAGGAAGACACAGUAUAAAGGGACCCCUGUCUUUCAGUGCACAGGAUGGACAGCAAAUGAAGUAGAGGGCACUAAGAAGAGAACAGAUAUUCCUUAGGGCACAUGGCUGGGCCCCAGGAAAGUUUUUGCUUUAGAGUGAAGAUCAGUGGUGAACGAAGGCAUAUUUCGUAAGCCUGCUGCCGUACAUCAGAAUUUUUUUUUCUUCAGACACAGAUUGACACAUAUGUGAUAUGGAAGAAUGUUUUAACAGAAGAAUAGAGUGGAGUGGGCGUUUUUAAAGUUUGUCCAGAUAUUUAGAGCUAUUUGUUUUUGGUAACAAAAAGGGGAAAAAUUAAAGAUUGGAAGAAAAUAUCUGUUUGAGAAGACAGGAAAAGGAAAUUUGAGAAUUGAUUGGUGCUAGUGUGCUGUAAGUGGGUGGAUUUUUUUUUUUUUUUUUUUUUUUUUUUUUGCUAAAGGAAGUGAUUUGCAGUGUUCACUGAGCCUUUUGUUGAAAAGGGUCCUUCUCAUUUGUGUGAGUCAUGCUUUUGCUGUGAGCGACUUGGCAGCUCUAAGCAGGACUGGGAUCUCUGUCAUAGAAAACUAUUACUUCACCCAACCUUAACGUGGAACCAUACAUUUAUUUUAAAAUUUUUUUGCACUUCCUUAUACUCUUUAUUCUUUUUAAGCCAAAAUUUACUCUCUGUCCUCAUUAUUAUGAAUUGCCUGCUAUGUUAGCACAGGCAUCUCCUGCAUUGGCAUCAGAUUUGCCAGAACAUAUGCAGGAAACCAGAUAGAAGGGCAUGCUUCAGCGUACCAAGUAUAACCGCUUCAGGAAUGAUUCCGUGACAUCAGUUGAUGAUCUUAUUCACAAUUUGUCCAUGAACAGCAAAGUCUCAGCAGUUGCUACGACCUCAACAGCACCUUCAUACCUGGUCUCACCUGAAGUUCUCCGCAAAGACCAAGAAGAUGGACCCACCACCUUUUGUACCCUCAUCCAUAAGGUGUCCCACUUGAAACUCUCCAACACAGGCAGCCUUUUGGGUAUCAAAAAUCUCUCCUCUGCAGUGAAGGAGCUUGCUGUCUCCAAAUUGCAGGGAAGCUCGAGUGUUUCUAGCUCAGCAGCAGGGACUUCAGACAACACAUGUAACCUUGUCUCUGCCACUCCGUGUUCUCAGCAGGACAUGAGCAAGAUGAGUACAGGAAAAAAAACACGGUCAGAGGAAAUGCACCUGGGAGGUGAAGACUGGAAUCAAAGUAGCAGCUUUGUCAAUAAACCCUCCCGAGGGUGGCUGCACUCGAAUGAGAAGAUCCUGGGACCUGGUGUGACGUACAUUGUGAAGUACUUGGGAUGUAUAGAGGUCUUACGCUCAAUGAGAUCUCUUGACUUCAAUACAAGAACACAGAUUACAAGGGAAGCAAUCAGCCGUGUUUGUGAAGCAGUACCUGGAGCCAAAGCAGCCUUCAAAAAAAGAAAGCCAUCAGGCAAAGUUCUCUCUAGCAUCUUGGGAAAGAGCAAUCUUCAGUUUGCAGGAAUGAACAUAACUCUGAAUAUAUCCACCACCAGCUUAAAUCUAAUGACUCCUGAUUCAAAACAGAUCAUAGCAAACCAUCAUAUGCAGUCUAUUUCCUUUGCCUCUGGAGGUGAUCCGGAUACAACAGACUAUGUUGCAUAUGUAGCUAAGGACCCUGUUAAUCGCAGAGCGUGCCAUAUACUGGAAUGCUGUGAUGACCUGGCCCAGGAUAUUAUCAGCACCAUAGGGCAAGCUUUUGAACUUCGAUUUAAGCAAUAUUUACGGUGUCCCUCUAAGAUACCUGCUCUCCAUGAUAGGAUGCAGAGUUUUGAUGAACCUUGGAUGGAGGAAAAUGGAGAGCCAGCAGAACAUCCCUAUUACAACAGCAUUCCUAAUAGAAUGCCUCCUACUGGAGGCUUUAUUGAUGCUAGAUUCAAAACUAGGAUCCCAAAUGCUGCAGAUACUGCUCAGUCUGCAACAGCAGCAGGAAGAGAACAAACAUACUACCAGAGUCGACACUUUGGAGACAAAUUCAGUGAAGAUUGGCAGCCUACUCCUGUUAAACAAGGGUCCUUGGACAUUUACAGCGUGCCAGAAGGGAAGCCUCAGGUAACCACAACAGGAGAGGUGCCAGCUUAUGUGAACACCCAACAUAUCAACAUGGAAGCUCUACUUGCACUUCAGGCAGAUGCUGAAAGUGCAUUCACUGGAACAAAAGAGUGUACCAAAGACAGCAGCCCAAGAAAAGAUCUGUUUGAUAUGAAACCUUUUGAAGAUGCUCUCAAGAACCAGGCCACUGGGCCUGUGCUGAAUAAGGCUACCUCGGUCGAGUGUACCAGUCCUCCAUUACCCAGAGCAGCUAACUGUCCUAUAAUGGAUGAACUGAAUACAGAGCCUUGGUAUCAAGGAGAGAUGAGUAGGAAAGAAGCAGAACAGCUGUUAAAGAAAUGUGGAGACUUCCUGGUCAGGAAAAGCACCACAAAUCCAGGCUCCUAUGUGCUGACUGGUAUGCACAAUAGACAAGCCAAACAUCUUCUUUUAGUGGAUCCGGAAGGAACUAUUCGUACAAAGGAUCGUGUUUUUGACAGCAUAAGCCAUCUCAUCAACCAUCAUCUUGAGAACAAUUUGCCAAUAGUUUCCGCUGGAAGUGAACUCUGCCUCCAGCAGCCAGUGGAAAGGAAACAGUGACCCAUGGUGACAUGUUCAGCAUUUGUAAGCUAUAAGCACUGCAGUGGACACUGCAAACCUGGAAACAUGUACAUUAAAAAUACAUCUAUCUAUCUAUCUAUCUAUCUAUCUAUCACCAAUAUGUUUUCUUGAGCUUUAAAAAGCCCCAUCCCAUACAAUACCACUUGAAAUUUCUUACUGCUCUAUCCAGACAUGAAGUCUGAUUAAAAAAACAGAAAGAUUUCUUAAAAUAAUUUCAAUAAAAUUAUUCUGAUUCUUAUUGUGAAUAUUGACACUGUAUAUACAUACAUUAUAUAUAAAUACAAUAAUAUAUUUAUAUUUUUCAAGUCAGUCUGUUGAAGGUAUGGAACUAAUGUUCUGUGCCAUGUGUUUUUAACUGAAAAAGGUGCCCAUUGUGAUUGUUCAGAUAAAAAUAGAAUUCAACAGUCUCAUUUCCUUGAGAAUACAAUAUUAGAAGUCUUAUUUGUAGUUUUAUCUAAUAAGCACAAUUAUAGUGAGAACACAGGCGGAUUACAUUGGUUAAAUACCAGUCGAGGGGAUUAAAUUCAGCAGCUAGUAUUCUAACAUGGACAUUUAGCUUGAAACAAUUUUUAAAAGCAUUAUUCAGUGUCACUGAGUUCAAAAGCAUUUUCUCUUUCUGAUGUCCAGUUUGAAUUCUUAUAUGAUGCUACUCAAGAUAUUUGUAACUUGCUUUGACAAUGACUUGGUGUGAUCUCUGUGUACAAGGUGUAAGCAUUUGAUUUUUCUAACAAUAAUAUUAUUGAACUAAUAUUCUGCAGCUUUGAUUUAUUAAAUUCAAUACUAAGAUUAUUUACAAAUAGUUCACUUCUUGUGCUAAAGAAUUAAUUGUUUUUGACUGCCAGUCACCAAUGAGAUGUCAUACAUUGACUAAGAGAGUUCAAACUGGUUGGUUUUUUAAAUAUAUUUGGUGCAAGAUGCUUUGGUCAAAGACACGGUCAAAACAUUUUUUUUCUCAUAGAGCAAUGACAAAAAUGAAUACCUAGAAUGUUAGUCCAUUUAAAUGAUCUAACUUGGAUUCACUUAGUUUUUAUGUGUCUCUCCCUAAAGUACAGCUUCAAGUUAACCUUUAGCAAGUGAUUGUUUUUAUAGAUGUAUUGGUUGUGUCUAAUGAGCAGUGUGGAAAAAACAGAUAUACAUUAAGUUGUUUUUUUAGCAGAUAUUUCAUUAACAUUUGGUAUUGGGACGUAUACAUUGAAAAGUGCAUUCUGUCCAACACACAUACACACUUCAUUAAUUUGCCUUUCUUUUGGAAUGGACUUUGUCUUUCAGUUAUACAUAUCUAACUGAGGGCCAAAUUCAGCUCUCUCUUUAAUGGAUGCAACUCCCAUAGACUUCAGUGAAGGUUGCACCACUGUAACUGAGAGCAAAAUUUAAACUUCAGUAUUUCUAAGUCAGAAAUUCAAACCAAGUUUCAGGAUUUGAUUAAUAAAGGCCCUGAUUAAGGAAGGUACUUACACGUAUGUCUACCCUCAAGUAUAUUAGUUCAGUUGAAGUCAGUAGAACCUGUCAUGUCCUUAAAGUUAGACAUGUGCCUAAGUAUUUUGCUGAAAUGGGGUCAAGUUGACUUCAGGAUUUGCUUUAGAAUCCAUUCCUAGGACGGCAGUUUUAAAAUUCCCAAAUAAUGUCCUCCUUGUGCCAUGGACUAUGCAAAGGUCAUUACUUUGCAAGUUUGUUGAGGAUUAAUCUCUAAUUUUGAAAAGGAAUCCCACAGCUGGUUUAGAGCUCAGUACCUGAAAAGACCUAUCAGAGGAAGAACUGACUUUCAAAGAUUUUUGAGAAUUUAAAAUUACAUUUUCACCUCUAAUCUCCCCAUCUCAGCAUGUUUCAUUUUCUAAUGCAUUCCCACAGCUAGCCCCUAUUUCCCUGUCUACCAGAGGUGAAAGUAAGCCCGUAUGGUCCAGUAUGACAUACUGGCAAGAGCCAGUACGCUGUGCUGGACCGGAUCGGCUUCCCCAGGCUGGCGCUUUAAAGGGCCCAG